AAAAAAAAAAAUGGAUCUCUCUACUGAUGAAUUAAUGCGUCAAAUAAACUCUGAUUUAGACUUGUUCUUUAACAACAAGAGUUUCAACACCAAAAAAAUGGACAAAAGUGUAUCUUAUCAAGAAACUGUUCAAUAUUUGAAACAAGCCGGUGCCAAAAAACCAGAGCGUACUGCCACCUACUUAUUCAGAACUGAAAAUCGUGAUAAGAAAACUGGUAAACUUGAUGUCCAAGAAUUAACUGGGGAAGCUGCCAAAUCCAAAGGUAGAGAAGUAUUCAAACACUUAGAUAAAGAUAUUGAUGACUUUUUAAUUGAAAAUAAAUCAAAUCCAACAAGAGCCUUGUCAUAUGAACAAAUUCUUGAUGAUUUUACCAACUUGGGUGCCAUUGAUCCAUUCAAUACUACCAGAAUGAUCUUUUCUCAAAUGAACAAAGAUAAAAAUGGUACUGUUACACCAAAAGAAAUUCAAGAUCAUGCUUCAAAGAAGAAAUUCUCACUUGGUUCAGGCCCAUCACAAUAAACAAAUUAUAAAAAAUAAUAAAAUGUUGUUUUUUUUAAUUAAAUAAAAAAAUAAAUAAUUAUCAUUUUUAUUGUUUAAAAUAUAAAUUUACAAAAUAUAUAAAUAAAAAUAUAUAUAUUUUUUUUUAUUGAUAGGAACUU